CGACUGAAAGUGUCGUCACCAUUCCAAUUUCGUAUACUUUCAGCCAUGUACUGCCGCGUUCACACCCAUCCAUCCACCUACCUUCACCACUCAGCUCUCAACAUGGAGUCCGCCCAUCAAGGUCAUCAUCUUAUUCGAGCACCCACCCGUCACACAGUUCGCUCGCAUUCGACCCCAACAUCGUUGGGGAGUCCAGUCAGUCUUCCGCACCAUAUUCGCGCGCUCCGUCCCCAGACAGCUAUCUAUCGGAGUCGGAGUUGGAAGCUGAGCCCGAACCAUUAAAAAGUCGUCGGACCAUUCCUGGUGGAGAAGUAAUCAACACCUCGAACUUCGUUCCACAUGAUCUCAAAUCGAAGAUGGACGUUGUUUUCGAUAGAUACUUGCAAAGAAUCUGCUCAAAUUUGGAAGCCACUGAUGUAAAAGGAGAACCCAUCCAUCAAACACUGAUGGCCAAGAAGAUGGCAAAAAUGGACGAAUCCUUGGACUUUCGUCCUUUUAAGUUUCGCAUAGCAGCGUUUACUAAUGGGUUUAUGGAGGAGCACCAUUUGGGUGAAGAUGUGGUCCCACAGAAAAAAGUAAAAGCGUAUUUAUGGCAUCAACAGCCCAUCAUUUCUCGAUUCAACGAAGAUGGGAAAAAAUCUAAGUCUAAAGGCAAUCAUGUGUGGCAUAUCUUUGCAAAAAGAGAACCUGAAACUGCGGGUUGGACAUUCCGGCCCUUUGAAAGGAAGAUACUUGGGAAUCCGACCCCAAUUGCAUAUGUCGGGUUGAGAUGGUCGUGGCAACCGCGUAUUUGGGACCCCCAAAUGUCCCGUCAGAGUAUUCAUGUUACCUGGGGCUCCCCAUCCCUUCCUGGUUGGCUAUCAUGGGAAAAUGAUACUCUUGUUGGAACACCUUCUGCUUCGGAUGCUAAUGACGUUGACAUCGUUGUCGAAGCUGGAUUUCCUCAGGAAGAUCGCCCCUCCAUACGAACAACUUUCCACGUGCAGGUUGUUAUGUUCACGAUAUCAGACCAAAUGAUGCCUAAAUCCCGAGCUCAACCUUCUGUCGGUGGAAAUAUCACCCAGGCGCGGCACGCUGUUAAUCAAACGUUUGUCCCGCCCCAUCAUACCGUAGAUUCAUCUACUCCGCGACCAGCCUCGAGGGAUACCUCGGAUUUCAUUGGAGUUGCUACUGAAGCACCACGUCAGGUUGCUCCAACUCAGCCCGAUGUUCCAUGUUCACAGGACUACGACGACACCGCGAAUCGUCCACGGCCACUCUCACUAGCUCAGCACCAAGUCCUGGCAGACACUCUGACUCCCGCAGUAGCUCAGGAACUCGUAGAGUUGGCGAGGAGCACAUUGGUUGCGAGGGCAGACACACAAAUGUCACCUGAUGACCCCGCAUUUCACGACGCAACCACUUUGCCUGAGGGAUUCAAACCUGGUGCGGUGCAUGCUGUCAACUGCGGAGACUCAGUAUCUAGUGAAGUCGCUGUGAUCUUGGCUACACAAGCGCUGGCACGAGAGCCGACUCAAUCUGGUUACCACCACGAAGAAAGCGGAAAUUUGGUUAACAGGUAUCAUUCCAACAUAGACGAAUGCCAACUUCCCUCGGAUCUUGUUGACCCAUUCCCUUCGGAUGUUGAACGACUCACCACACCUAUUCUCAUUCAUCCGUCUUAGCUAUGUUACCCGCGGUUUCGAGCUUCAACCAGAAACAACAUUCAGCACCAUAAACGACGUGUCGAACAUCUUGUAUCCUCUACUGUAUGCUAGACUUUGCCAUUAUCCUGAAUACCAAUUUUGAUAGGACUAGUGUAUGGCGGCUGAAAUGUCUUCGUUUAAUUGUUCAAACCUGGGGUUGGCGUCCUCGGUAUUGUUCUC